AGUGCAAAACUUCAAAAGAAGGAGCAGAAUAUAUAGGUACAGAGAACAUGACUCGCUCAUACAUCCCAUGUCAGAGAUGGGAUUCUCGUUUCCCACAUGAUCAUUUGAAUACUGAGUUAAUGAAAGACCAUGAAAAUUAUUGUCGGAACCCUGAUGAAGAGUCUGAAGGACCCUGGUGUUACACAAUGGAUCCAAGGAUUCGAUGGGAGUCCUGUGAUGUACCGUUUUGUGGAUCAACCCCGGCGGUGCCAUCUCACAUCAAAAGUCAGAUAACAACAACUUACUACACAACAGCCGCUUACGUCAAUGCAACAUCCGAUUCAGCAGUAUUCCCAUCUCCUCUACUGGAAGACAAGAAUGAAUCACAGUCCCGGUGUAAAUGCAGAUGUUCUUCUAGUGAACAGUUGAUUGACCAAUCAACAAAAUCAAGCGAUCACAAUUAUACGAAUGCAGAACUAAAACAGCUUAUGAAAGAAGAGUUACGGGGAAUUACAGAACAGCUGAGAGUUCAGAAGAAUUUGACGUCUGCUUGGUUUAGAGCGCGACGAUCUGCAGACGAUCGAAGAAUGACAUCUGUCGGGAUGGGUUAUGUUGCCAUUGGUAUUAUAGCAAUGCCUUUUAUUCUUACGGUGGUCAGCGAUUGUUGUAAGCUAAAAUAGAUAGUCGGUCUCUAUCUCCAACAGAUGAAGUAUCUAGUAGUCUGUGACUCGGUAAAUUAAUCAAAUGACUGACAUUGUUGUGAUAUUGUUUAAUGUUUCUGAAGCAUGCAUACUAAAUCAAUAAAAUUGUUAUAUUUUCAAUGUAAUGACAGUAAAAGAUGGGAAAUGGGCUAUUUGUGUAUGCAAGCCGGAAAAAUGGUUGAUACGUUUUUUUAAACGUGAAAAAAUGUUUGAUUGCUCUUUAUUUAUAUUGUAAAAAUAUACAAAAUCAAAUACUAGCAAUUUAUCCAAAAAAAAUGCAACAUUUUUAAAUUUACACUGUUAAUAUUAUUGUUACCAUAAACAAGAACAGAAAAAUAAAACCCAGAAAACAUAUACAUGUGUAUAAAUUAAAAGAUUUUAAAAUUCACAAACUUUUAGUUGUUGAUUUAUUCACACUAUUGAGGUUUAUUGAAAGACUGUUGGGCUAAGUUUUCAAACAAGACUGGUUCGACCUUUUUCAGGUUGAUUAUUUAUCGCUGCUGGAUAAGUUAUAGAAUCGGUUUCCCAGAUUCUUUUCCACAUUAGGACCAGAAAAAAAGUCUUUCACUCUUAACUCAAAUUCGAUACAACAGUUCCUUGUGUGAAUUUGAGGUUCUAACAAUAUUGUAGCGUAUCUCUGAACAUGAGACAGGACACUGCAAAGACUAUUGAUAACAUUUUUGGUUUCUAGAUACUUGACUUUUUAUACUCCCUGGAACAUAAAGUUUAUAUUGUUUUUGGUUGAUAGCUUGUUUAUCCCAUUAUGAAUUUUAACACAUUUAUACAGGUGAAACAUUAACAAUAAUAGUACAUGUGUUAUUUGUCCAUCCAAGCAUAAAUGCACU